AUGUCGCGUACGAAGGUGGAUGCACGGGUGCAAGGCGUCUACUUCAUGCUCGGUUGUGCAGGCCUUCUGCCUUGGAACGCGUUGAUCACCGCGACGCCCUACUUUCUUGACCGCCUUGCAGGCUCGUCCCUCCAGCCGACGUUCGUCUCGUAUAUGUCAUGCAUAUUCACUGGCGUCAUGGUCAUUGCACUUGCAUAUGCCACGUUGACGUCGAAGCAGGCGACGGUAUCUCCUUCGCGUCGCAUUGUGAGCUCGACUGUCGUGCUGGCUGUCCUCAUCGCACUUCUCUUCAUGACGACUUUCGUCCGCUUUCCCCCUUCAAUCUUCUUCUCGCUCGUACUCUUAAUUGCAGUAGGCCAGGCAGUGGGCGCCUCCUAUCUUUCUGCCGCCAUCUCUGGGGAGGCAUCACUCUUUGGCGGCCCAUACAUGUCAGCACUUAUCUCUGGGCAGGCAGCAGUUGCUGUCGCUGUCAGUGCUCUCCAGCUCGUAAGCUCGGCGUUGUCAGUCUGGCGGAACCCGUCGAAGAGUGACCAAGCGUCGAUAACGCUCGAGAAUGAGGCAUUAGAUACGGCAGCGGAGAGCGCUGCCCGAGUAUUCUUCGGUAUUUCAGCAUUAUUCUUAAUUGCGACUGUCAUUUCGUAUUGGCGGAUGAGGCAGCUCCCACUCUACAAGUCAACCGUUGCCCCACAACAACAGCAUAGGAGGGGAACUAGCGAAGAAGAUGAAGAACUCCAACGCCUCGUGGCUUCCGAACAUAGUCUCAAGCCCUCGUAUGGGCUGGAGGAAAUGAAGCGUGUGUUCAAGGCGAAUUUGCCGUACGAAUUCGCCUCGUUGUAUGGUUUCAGCAUCACCCUUGCCGUUUUCCCUGCCAUCACCGUCCAAAUACAGAGCACAAAUCCGUCCACUCACCCUCUGUUGUUCGUGGCCACACACUUUCUAGUCUUCAACAUUGGCGAUCUUUUGGGUCGCUACUCCUGCUCUAUUCCGCAACUUGUCAUUUGGUCGGCGCGGCGAAUACUUACCAUUUCCCUCCUACGGACUCUCUUCAUACCGGUCUUUCUAGCGUGCAACGUGCAAGGUUUGAGCUCUGGUUCUGCGACUGGUCCUCUUAUUUCAUCCGACCUUGUGUACAUGAUCAUCCUCCUUUUCUUGGGAAUCUCCAACGGCUACAUCUCUAGUAGCAGCAUGAUUGGAUGCGCGUCACUGGAGCACAACCCAAGGCUAAAGGGUCGCCGAGAAGAUGUUGAUGUGGCCGCCACAUUGAACAACUUCAGCAUAAUCACAGGGCUUGCUGUCGGAAGCGCAGCUAGCUUUGCUGUACGUGCAAUGCUGUGCGAUUGCAACCCCUUCAAAGGAUAG